AUGAAACAGCAGAUGCACACGAUGACACAGGAACUCUCGCCGAACAUACGAUUCAAUGCAGUGGCCCAGUUCACUAACACUGUGGACCGCAACCUUGCUAAGCAAAUUUUCAAGCUUGCAACAAAUUACAGCCCUGAGACCAAGCUGCAAAUGAAGGUUCGUCUUCAGGAGGAGGCCAAGAAGAAGACCGAGGGCAAGGAGACUGCUCCUGGCAAGAAGCCAGUCGUGUUGAAGUAUGGCAUCAACCAUAUCACGCACUUGAUUGAGCAGAAGAAGGCUCAGCUCGUGGUCAUUGCCCACGAUGUUGACCUUGAGAUCGUCGUUUGGCUGCCCGCUCUCUGCCGCAAGAUGGGCAUCCUAUACGUCAUCAUCAAGGGCAAUGCCAGACUCGACAAGCUUGUUCACAAGAAGACCGCUACCGCUGUUGCCUUCACCGGUGUCAAGACCGAGGACCAAUCGGCUCUCAACAACAUUGUCGAGGCCUCCAAGAACUACCUUGACCGCUUCGACGAGAUCCGAAAGCACUGGGGUGGUGGUGUCAUGGGAGCCAAGACCAAUGCUGCCAUGGCUAAGCUUGAGAAAGCCAAGAGAAAGACCCUCCCAUGCACACUCAGAAACAGAAAAAUACACUGCUGUUCACCUGUUUUGAGAUUUUGA